AGUCGCCUGAGUUUCCUGACGAGCCGGUUUUGGUGCGACGCAUCACGUUAUUGAUUUGAGGCUGCAGUUUAUCGGUUUACCCGCUGCCCGGUGAUUGAAAUGGCGGGUGGAGAAUCGGCAGGCAUCGACCUCAGCAGAAAGUUUGUGUCGGAGGCAGAGCUCGACGAGAGGAGAAAGAAGAGGCAAGAAGAAUGGGAGAAAGUCAGAAAACCUGAAGAUCCAGAACAGGUCCCAGAGGAGGAGUAUGACCAUCGUUCCCUCUUUGAGCGACUCCAGGAGCAGAAGGAUAAGAAGCAAGAGGAAUUUGAGGAGCAGCUUAAAUUCAAGAAUAUGGUGAGGGGAUUGGACGAGGAUGAGACCAGUUUCUUGGACGAGGUCUCCCGGCAACAGUGCCUGGUGGAGAAACAACGCAGAGACGAGGAGAAGAAGGAGCUGUUGGAGUACAGAAGCGCUCGAGUGAAACAAGCGUCUGUCGACAGUAAACGAGAACCUGAGAAGAAGUCUGCUCCCAAACCUUCAGGGCCGCAGCAACGAACUAGUCACCUCUCUCAAGCUCACUUAUUAGCCGGAGCUGUUAAAAGACGCAGUUCCUCGCAGUCCUCAGACAGCAGUAAGAAGCAAAAGGUGGAAAUAACAGCAGCUACAGAGACGACGGGAAACGGAGACAGACACACAGAACAGGAGGGCGGAGCAGGAGGAGGGGCAGGGGCAGCUGAAGCUCAGCUCACGGUACCCGGCCUGACGUCGAAGACGCUGGCGGCCCCCCUGAGCUCGGGUCAAGGCGUGCUGCACCUGCCGUCGGCCGCCGUGUGCGUGGGCGUUUUACCGGGACUCUGUGCUUAUUCAGGCAGCAGCGACUCCGACAGCAGCUCGGACAGCGAAGGUAGCGUGGACGCAAUUAUGUCGCCGUACCCCCGCCACAACAGGGCCUACAGAUAGACUAAGAAACACACACAUGCAUACACACACCCACACACACACACAAAAUGUUAACGUGUUUUCAGAUCUUAAGUAUAACGAGAAAAGGUAACUUCACAUGAGAUAUGCAGACUGCAGUGUACAAAAAUUUCAUACAUACAUAAGUAUACACACAUACAGAAAACUCAUACAUGCUGAUGAUGAUGAAGAAUCGUGUCAUGUUUCUUAAACACCUGCUUACGACACAGCGGUCAGUAUCUGUUGUAUUCACAGCUGUGAGUUGCUCUUUGUCCUCAAAGUCCAGCGCAAUAAUGCAAUCCUAAUAAACAGCUGAAACCAAUCGAAAGUCUACUCUGAACUAAAUCUGUGCAUCUAUUUGUUUUUCUUUUUUUUUAUGGUUAUUGUGGCACUCCAACAUGACACCUCCACCCUUCCUUCCUCGCUCCAAUCGCUUCUCACACAGUUUAGGCUGAGCAAGCAAUCCCGCACUGCCCACCCCGACGACAUCCCGCCCCCCACCACCACCACCACCACCACCACCACACCCCCCCUUCCAAACCGACCCACAGCGACCGCAAGCUGUGCUAUUGGCUGAGGGAGCAGUGAUUGACAGCUGUGGAGCAAGGAGGAGACUGUCACAUAAUCUUUAAACAAUAAGCAGACGAGAAGGGAGAGCAGGACACGCCUUCCUCUCCUCUCCUCUGUCUCUUAUUCCACUGGAGUUAUUCCAGAGAUUGACUGAUGUGGAAGAAUGUUUAUUUGUGUGAAUCUCGAUGUGAUAAUUCUCCCCGUACGUUGUUUGUUUCACAGUCAUAUCAUUAUGAAACGAUGGUGUAACGUUUGCUGCUUUCUCAGGUGAUGGAGUGCUGUUUGUUGGUCAAAGAAAUAAAUAACUUUUGUUUUAUUGCUGUGA